UGUUCUCUGGUAUUUACAUAAGGAUAAAAUCGGAUAAAAGAGAUAAACUGACAGAUUUCCUUCACUAAAAUAAACUCAUUCAUGUUGUGAUAAAAACAAACAUCCCUCUUUGAGGUUUUCAUUUCCAUUAAAACUAAUCAUGGUUAACCGAAAACCACCAGGAAUUUAUGUGCUCCCAUCUCUUUCGAGAGAAAGUAGAAAUGUAGCGUACAGAGCAUGGAUCCUUAUUUUAACCUUUUUGGUCUACACAUGUUAUCACAUGUCCAAGAAACCUGUCAGUGUUGUCAAGAAUGUACUAUACAGGAAUUGCUCAGUUCCAAUAAAAGAAGGUUACGAACUUGAGAUUGCACCAGAUAAUACAUCAACAACAUUUUGUGACUGGGCACCAUUUGAUCAACCAAAUCACAAACAGUUACUGGGAAGUUUAGACCUUGCAUUUCUAUUCAGUUAUGCUUUUGGAAUGUUCUUUAGUGGACAUAUAGCAGAGCGAUUAAAUCUUCGAUACUUCUUGUCAGGUGGUAUGAUGCUGGUUGGAAUAUUUACAGCAGCUUUUGGAAUGGGAUAUUUUUUCAACAUACACAGUAUAUACUUUUAUGUUGGUAUACAAGUAGUUAGUGGACUUGUUCAAAGUUCUGGAUGGCCCAGUGUAGUAACAUGUGUUGGAAACUGGUAUGGUAAGGGCAAACGUGGAUUAAUCAUGGGUAUAUGGAACUCUCACACGUCUGUUGGUAACAUAUUAGGAUCGUUGAUAGCAGGAGCCUUUGUGACAACAUCAUGGGGAUGGUCCUUUGCAGUUCCUGGUUUAAUCACCUUUGGUAUUGGUGUUAUGGUCUUUUUCUUCCUUGUUCCUGAUCCAGAAGAUGUUGGUUGUGACAUGCCAGAUCAACAUGGCACUCAUGUAGUGGCUGAACAUGGAAUAAAUAAAACAUUGAAUAUUGAUCCUGCUGAACCAGAAAAGAUUGAUUUGACAACUAUAAGCGUGCACGUUGAUUAUGGGGCGCUAAAUAACAGCAAUAAAAUCAGCAAUGAAACUACAGCUAACGGCGAAGUGAUAAAUGGUCCAGUUGUCUCUGUACAAACUACUGAUACUGUUGACUCAUCAAAUCCUACAAAUGGCCGUACAGUUUUCUCUGUACAAGCUGCAAAUGACCAUACAGUAGACUCAUUAAAGGCUGCCAAUGAUUAUACACCAGACUCACAAAAACCUGCAAUAAUAAUCUCUACCAAUGGCAAUCCAAACUUGGCUAAAAAUGGACAAUCUUAUAGCAGUAUAGAUGCCUCAACACAGGCCUUAAUCAAACAUAAGCAGGAGAAACCCAUUACAAUUUGGGGAGCAUUCUUUAUACCAGGUGUAGCCGAGUUUUCACUGUGUCUGUUUUGUGCUAAACUAGUCAGUUACACAUUCUUGUUUUGGCUUCCAAAUUAUAUAGAACAUACUGCUCACUAUGAUGCAGAAAAGUCAGCUGAUGUAUCCACACUGUUUGAUGUUGGUGGCAUUGUGGGUGGCAUCGCAGCAGGAUUGAUAUCAGAUAAUUUUGGUGGCAGGGCAACCACGUGUGCUGUUAUGUUGAUACUUGCUGCCCCUGUGAUGUAUAUUUACAAUUUAUAUGGAAGUUUAAGUCUAGCUCAUUCUAUAGGACUGUCAUUUGCCUGUGGAACUUUAGUUAAUGGUCCAUAUGCUCUAAUUACAACUGCAGUUAGUGCUGAUCUAGGAACACAUAAAGUUUUAGAGGGCAAUACAAAAGCUUUAGCAACAGUAACAGCUGUUAUUGAUGGAACAGGUAGUAUAGGUGCUGCUAUUGGUCCAUUAUUAGCAGGAUUGAUACCAGUAUGGAAUGAUGUAUUUAUAAUGUUGAUAAUCUCUGAUCUUCUAGCCCUCUUGUGCCUUGUUAGAUUAGUCUACAAAGAAUUAAGAAUUGACAGAUUAUUAGGAUGUACUGGAGAUUGAUGUUGCCAUGACAACCAGAAUAUUUUGUGACAUUAAAAUCAAUAGUUUGUGGU